AUGGGCGCGAGCAUGUCAUGGCUGUCCGGCCUCUUGUGGUCGAAGAAGGAGAUCCGGAUAUUGAUCCUGGGUUUGAUUGGCGAGGUGGUCACCACGAUCCCCACGAUAGGAUUCAACGUCGAGUCCGUCACAUAUAAGAACCUCAAUUUCAACGUCUGGGAUCUAGGCGGUCAGACUAGCAUCCGUCCGUACUGGCGGUGUUACUACGCCAACACGGCCGCAGUCAUAUUCGUCGUCGACUCGACCGAUAUCGAGCGUCUGCAGACCGCCGCCGAGGAGUUGGGCGCCAUGCUCAAUGAGGAGGAGCUCAAGGACGCGGCCCUGCUCGUGUUUGCCAACAAGCAGGACCAGCCCGGCGCCAAGGGUGCGGGUGAGAUCUCGGAGGCCCUGCGACUGGGCGAGCUGCGCGACCGCAACUGGAGCAUCAUGGCAUGCUCUGCCGUCGACGGCAGCGGUGUGACAGAGGGCAUGGAUUGGCUUGUCCAAACCGUCAACCAAGAGUCAUAG